AUGUCGCCCCCGAGCAGCCGCCCACAGUCGGUGCAGCAGUUGCAGCAGCAGAUUGCAGAAGCAAGGGCUGUUGCUGCUCGUAUUAGUCUUUCUAUGCGAAUGCAGGUGUUAAAGGCAUUUAGAGAAGGUCUUGUACAUCAAGAAGAAAAAAUAUUAGAGGCGAAUAGGGCUGAUUUAGAGGAAGCUAAAAACAAUGCGUCUAUCUCUCCUUCUCUUCUUAAGAGAUUAUCUUUAGAUGGGGAUAAAAUAAAGAAAUUAGUUUCUUCUAUUGAUGCAAUUAUUGCUGCACCUAACCCUAUAGGCAAAUGUACACUUGCAACAGAGCUUACCCCAGGUCGUCCUGAGGCUUUUAUUCAGAUUGCUGCUUUAGGCAUUAAAUCAGGAAAUGUAUGUCAGCAGCAGCAGCAGCAGCAGCAGCAGCAGCAAGAGGAGCAGCAACAGCAGCAGCAACAACAGCAGCAGGCGGAGGACUUUCGCCGCAAUGUGCAGGCAGAAGAACGAUAUACCCACUACCAGUGUAUUAAAUAA